AUGGUUGAUGUUGCCUGUUGUGUUAUUCGUCUCGAGUACGUCGUACUCAGUACGAUGGUACCCGUAUCACAGUCCACGAAUUUCGACGCCUCAAUGCGCAUUCUCGCCGGUCUCAUCAUCGCUAUCGCCGUUAACGCCAUCCUCAACUCUAAACCGUCUGGUAACUAUUGCGGUUCCCCGGUUAUCCCCUCAAAGGGUAAAGGUUUCGUCCAGAUCAAUGUAACAAGCGAUACCGCCUUCAACAUUUCGGCCUCGUGGACUCCCACUGGUGGUUCGAAGAAAAGCGGCAGUGAGACCGGCGUGCCCUAUUCGUACGAUGACUCGACACAGGAUGUGACCGUCACGGAUACGAGCAAGCUGCAGGAUCUGAUCACCAAAAUAGACGCUCCUCUGAAGGCCUCUGAUCUCGCUCAUCUACACUAUGAUGGCAAGGAUCUGCAUGUCGUUGCUCUCCUUAACUUCCCCCUGGAACCAUGUUAG